CGGAUCUCGCGACCAUCGGGGGCGACGAAUCGGGAGCAGCCGGCGGCGUCACGCUGAGGGUAUCCGGCGACCGCGUUCGGAUGGACGUCACCCCGCCCACGUCCCCGACCAAGAAACCCCUCGCGCCCGCGUCCUCGUCCGCGCCAACCGCGCCAACCGGCGCCGCCAAGGCCAAGGCGGGCUGGGCCAAGCUCCGCCAGACGGUGGUCAAGGAGCAUAAAUUCGCCGACGCCGUCCUCGCGCUCAAGGACAAGUGGAAGGACAAGGCCGAGGUACUCAAUCAGUCCCCGGACGACGUGGCGCCCGGGUCCCCGCGCGAGUCGUGCAAGAUCACGCCCACGAUGACGCUGGGUCACAUCCGGGCGUAUCGCGCCGAGGCGGCUCGCGCCGCCGCCGCGCUCCAGGCAAAAUCGAAAGCGGCGGAGCUCAAGGCGAGGGUGGCGGCGCAGAGACUCGAGGAGGGCGCAUCCUCCGGCGGCGACGAGACGAAGGACGGCGGCGAUGAGAAGGAUGGCGACGGCGACGGCGACGACGACGGGUCCCCGUUCACGCCCCCUGACGAUCUGAAAGAGUAUCCCCUGUGGGCGCUGAGCGUGCCGUGGUACGCCGCGUUUAAGAUGACGAUUCCCCCGUGCGGCGAGAACGAGUACUGGCGCAAGUGGUACCUCGUGUCUUUCUUCAUGUCCAUCGCGUGGAUCGGGUUCAUCACGCACUGGAUGGUGGAGUGGUGCGUCCGCAUCGGGUGCAUGCUCAAGAUCCCCGCGGUUGUGAUGGGCACCACGGUGCUCGCCGCGGGGACGUCCAUUCCCGACGCGUUGUCGUCCAUCGCCGUCGCCAAGGACGGCCUCGCGGACAUGGCCGUCGCGAACGCGGUGGGCAGUAACGUGUUCGACAUCUGGCUCGGUCUCGGUCUCCCUUGGCUCUUUUACCUGAGCUGGCAGUCGCCUUCGUACAUCACGGUGAACACCAACGAGCUGGUGCCGUCCAGUCUGAUUCUCGCGGGCGUGCUCGUGCUGUACUACGGCAGCGUGGCCACGAACGGCUUCAAGCUGACUAUGCGGAUGGGGUGGAUAUUCAUCGCCACGUACGGGGUGUACGCGCUCUACUCCAUCUUCCUGGUGUGGCUCCUGGACGUGUACGACCUCCAGGAGGGUUCCACGCUCAAAUGAAUUGCUUUGACUCGAUUCCCAAAAAAGUAGUCCUCGGCCUGCUUGUACAUAUUACACGAACAAAACGACUG